AUGGCUGGCCUCUUCUCACCCGGUGUCAAUCAGUCCAAGCCUGGAACUGGAUUGACAACACCCCUCUCUCCACCGACCCCGCCCCCUCUUCCGUUGUGCUGCACGUAUUGUUUUCGUCUCUUUGUUGGAGGAGACAAAGACCUGGCAGACGGCGGACAGCCCGUGGCCCAAGGCAUCGGAGAAUUGAUGAUGGCAUUCUGCCUUCGAUCCAUAGUUCUGGAAGACGCGGGUGGAUGCGCCCAGAGCAGGCCCGGGUCCAAUCUGCAAUAUGCCACUAUCGCCAUCUCAUCUAUCGCUUUGGACAUUGGGGUCGAGGUCGAGGAUGAGGGCGCGCUCGUCGCCGUCGCCGUCGGCCAAGUGUCCGGUGCUGCCGCCUCGCUCGACAAGCUGACCCAUGGCGAGGAGGCAAAGUUGUGUCUGGUCUCAGGGCGCGUGCGCGUGUGUCCACAUGAUGAAUUGUUGGCGUUGAGCUCGAACGAUGCAGCAUCUAUACGGUGCGGAUUGGGGUCGAGAUGCACCGUAUAG